AUGUCUACAGCAUCAACAUCAACGACAAAUCCAACCUCAGUAUAUGCGCCUCCGACAUCCUUUGGAAUAACACCUUCAACUACUACACCAGUGCUAACAUCACCACCAACACCUAAACAAUCUACAUGUACAACGCCAAAUAAUACAAUUUAUAUAAACAACUUGAAUGAAAAAGUAAAGAUACCAGCUUUAAAGAAACAUUUAAGUGCUAUUUUUGAACAAUAUGGAGAAAUACUAGAAAUAGUAGCACAUGGAAAUAUACGUAUGCGUGGACAAGCUUUUGUUGUUUUUAAAGAGCAAGAAAGUGCAGCAAAUGCUAUAAAAGGAGUUCAAGGGUUUGCUUUACAUGGAAAACCAAUGGUGAUUCAAUAUGCAAAAUCAAAAUCUGAUGCAAUUGCAAAAAUUGAUGGAACCAUUGAAGAUCACAAGCAAAAACGGGUUAAAGAGCCACCAAUGAAAAAAUUCAAGCCAAAUAACACUACAACGUUUCCAACAGGACCUUCAAAUAUUCCAGGAGCACCAUUAUUUCACUUUGGACAUCAAUUACCAGCACCUGGAAAUAUUCCUGACGAGUAUCUUCCACCAAAUAAUAUACUCUUUUUACAAAACCUACCUAACGAUAUAACUGGAGCAGUUCUUACAUCUUUGUUUGAGCAAUAUUCUGGAUUUAAAGAAGUUCGUUCCAUUCAUCCAGCAAAGGGUAUUGCAUUUGUUGAGUAUGAUACUGAGCCACAAGCAAUGGUUGCCAAGGAGGCUUUAUCUAAUCAUCAAAUGGGACCAGAUCAUAAAUUAAAGAUAACAUAUGCAAAAAAAUAA